UAAUGCUAAUAUAGGGACUUGCUAUGGCAGAUUCGUCUCCUGCUAUAUCGAACUCCGACUCGGACGAGGGCUGUAAACCGGGCUGUGUAUUUUGUCGUGUCGCCCGUGGCCAGGACGAGAAGACUGAACUCCUUUUCCAGGAUGAGCAAUUUGUGGUGUUCCGUGACAUCCGGCCAGCGUCCAGCCAUCACUAUCUAGUGGUACCGCUCAAUCACCGUGGCAACGUCAAGUUCAUGGAACCGAGCCAGGACAACUUCAAGUUUGUUCAGUCCAUGGUGUCAAUUGGUCAGAGAGUGCUGGAGGAGAGAGGUGCGGAUGUGACUUCAGCCAGAUUCGGCUUUCACUGGGCACCGUUUCAUACCAUUGAGCACCUGCAUCUUCACGUCAUCGCACCUGUUACCGAAAUGGGCUUCAUAGCCAGAACAGUAUUCAGGCCAAACUCGUAUUGGUUCGUGACGAGUGAAUGGGUGGAAGAGAGACUGACACCACCACCACAACAAUCAUGACGUCCAUUCAAGCUGUGAAGUUUGCCUACCUUAAGGAGCACAGUAUACUCGCUUGCCUCAUGGGCACCUACCUGCACUCACGAAUCUACAGCUGGUCCAGCCUGGAUGCAUUAUCAAACUCCACACUGCGCUCUUGACCCAACCAGGCCGACUUGGAUCCCAGCCUAGUUUCAGUCAGAUUUAGAUUUGUACAUUUCUAGCUGCCAAUACUUCAGCCGCCAUUUUAGUUUCUAUUGCCCCUUGCUUUGAACCGGGCUGGCCCGCAUCAACCCAUGAUACUGCUGUCAUGUUAUGGCUAUGCAUGCAUGUUAUGAAUUUCUAAAACUCGUGUACAUACCGAGCUCUUGAUGUUCCCGUUGAAGACCCGGUAGCUGAACAUAUUUGCAU